UCUGGAUAAGACUCGUCUGCUGUUGCAGACGACGAAGGACUCGAAGGAGGCGCAGGUGCAUGCAUGUUGCAGCAGUGAAAGUAUCCGCGAGUGCAGCUACGAUCUGCCGUCUGUCAAUGCCCUCUCUUAACAUACCUAGUCAGUCUUAUUCUAACAGUGCCGUUUAUCGCGCCGAUUUCGAGUCUUCAGUCGAAUUCGUCGUCGUGCCCGACGGUGAUCCUUGCUCGUGAUAAGAUCCUCGUGACUAGCUUCAACAAUAGGUACGAUUGAAGUCGCGAAGGUGAAUACUCUGCGAGUCUCUAUAAUCGAAACUUUCGCGAAACUUUCGUCUUCGUCGUCGCCGUCGCGGCUGCAUUAAAAAAUUAUGACUAAGAGGCUGUGGGCCAUCCUCCUUGUCGUCGGCUGCACGGCAACUCUCUCCUCCGACAAGAGCCCCGAAUAUGUGAAGCAAUGUUCCAAAAGCGAUCCAAAGCUGAUAACCUGUCUGAUCGGCGCUCUGCACUUCCUGCGACCUUAUCUGAAAAUCGGAAUACCCGAAAUUGAGUUACCCUCGGUAGAGCCGUUCCGUAUGGACGAACUGUCUCUUUCCCUGACAGGUGGUACGAACGGUUAUAAGAUUCAGCUGCGUGAUCUUUAUGUAAAGGGAGCGAGUAACUAUUCGGUGGAGGAUAUUAAACUCGGCUCACCCUUUCAAGCCAUAGUACGAAUGCCGGCCCUUAUAUUAGACGCUCAUUAUUCCAGUUCUGGUGUAUUAAUAAUUUUGCCUGCAAGUGGAAACGGUACAUUCCACGCGCGUUUCGGAGAUGCUAGAGCACUAGUCAGAGGAACGAUCUCGACGAAGUCGCGAGAGGGAAAGACGUAUAUGAACGUCGAUAACCUUGACGUCGUGCUCAGCGUGAAAGAUGUGCAAAUGAGAGUCAGCAAGAUCUUUAACAACAAUCGAAUACUCACCGAGGCGAUUAAUCUUUUCCUUCGAGAAAAUGGGCAAGAAGUGUUGAAAUUGAUGGACCCGCAACUAAAGAAGAAAUUGUCGGCACUCUUUGCUGGCAUUGUCAACCAACUGCUGCGACAUGUACCAGUGGAAUCGUUCCUUAUACCUUAAGAAAUCUAUAUUAUAUCUUUAUUAGUUAACAUUAGUUUCUUGUUAUUGAAAUCAAUGAUAUAUUUUAAGUAUGCACGGGAAUUAAAUGAUUCAUUAUAGCAGCAACUUAUCAGGCAUUCUUCUAAUUAAAAAAGAAAAAACACAAUGGACGCAUAUUUAAGUUGUUUUUUAAUUUUUAAAU